AUGUCACGACAACUGUUCGACACAUCGCGCCACCUGCUUCGUACCACACGCGAACCAGCAUCUCUGGCGCGGGCAUUCUCCAUCGCAGUCCCCGCCCGCAGGGAAGGCCAAAUGCAAACCUCUAAGCCGCGGGGGUUCUUGGCCGACCGGGAUACUGCUCGUCACAGCCCAGCCCGGGCAGAUGAGGGGAUAGCGUCACAUGAUGCAAGGCUGAAAACCCAGCUGCAAGAUCAAAUACAGCAAAAUCGGCAACAACUCGACCGCCUCGAGAGGCAGCUGUAA